AUGCCCGCCCCCACGUCGUUCAAGGCCGCCGUCGUCCCCGAGCCCGGCGCCCAGCACAAGGUCGUCGACCGCUCCCCGCCCCAGCUCAAGGACGACGAGGUCCUCAUCCGGAACACGGCCACCGCCAUCAACCCCGUCGACUGGAAGGCCCGCGACUACAAGCUCUUCAUCUCCGACUACCCCGCCGUCCUGGGCUCCGACGCCGCCGGUGAGAUUGCCGCCGUCGGCAGCGCCGUCAACAAUGUAAAGGAGGGCGACCGCGUCUUCUACCAGGGCAUCCUCGGCAACAACGCCUCGUCGACCUUCCAGCAGUACACCGUCCUCCCCGCCGCCCUCGUCGGCCUCACCCCGAACAACGUCACCGACGACGAGGCCGCCGGCAUCUCGCUCGCCACCGUCGCCGCCCUCGUCGGCCUCUACGACAAGUCCGGACACGCUCUCCCAAAGGCGCCCUGGGACCAGGGCGGCGACCAGGUCGGCAAGGGCAAGGCCAUCGUCGUCCUCGGCGGCUCCUCGUCGGUGGGCCAGUACGCCAUCCAGCUCGCCCGCCUCUCGGGCUUCGAGCGCAUCAUCACCAACUCGAGCGCCUCCCACUUUGACCACCUCAAGCAGCUCGGCGCCACCGACGUCCUCGACCGCUCCACGGCCACCGCAGACGACUUUGUCAAGGCCGCCGGCUCGGCCAAGCUCGACGUCGUCUACGACGGCAUCUCGGCAAAGGAGACCCAGGCGCUCGCCAUCGACAUCCUCGCCCCCGUCGGCGGCGGCAACGUCGUCCUCGUCCUCCAGCCCGACCAGGACAACGUCAAGGCCGGCAAGGAAAAGAAGGUCGAGUUCCGCCCCAUCAUGGGCCUCGGCUCCAGCCCUGCGCUCCGCUACCUCUCGGAGCCGCUGAUGAAGAACCUCGGCGGCGAGCAGGGCUACCUGGCCACGGGCAAGUUCCGCGCCAACCGCGCCACCGUCGUCCCCGGCGGCCUCGAGCACAUCGAAGACGCCCUCGCAAAGAACAAGCAGGGCGUCAGCGGCGUCAAGGUCGUCAUCCGCCCCUUUGACUCGUAG